UACAUUCUUUGGAGUUCAACUAAAAAUAUAUGUCAACAUGAAUGACACUUCCGAAGGAAUUCAGGAAACAGUCGAAUAUUUGAAUAAGAGGAAUUUCGUUUCACGUGAAGAGUGGGAAGCUAGGGAACCAAAACAGAAAACAACUCUCAGAACCCCAAUUUCAAAUGUUGUUUUUUCCUACGCUAACAGUGUACUUUGUGCUACAAAACAACGAUGCGUCCAAGUAGUGAACUUGAUGCAAGCAUGCGCUUUGUCUUCUUGCGAAUUGAGUGAUGUAAAAGCAAACUUUUAUAUAGGGGGUGAUGGAAGGAUAUAUGAAGGAAGAGGCUGGAAAUAUGCUCCAGAAAAAUACGAAGGGGUUUUUGAAAAACUAGCACCAUUAAACAGGAAGUGUAUUGAAAUAUCUUUUCUUUGUCGAAAUAAUACAAAACCAACCACUGUUCAAGCUGAAGCAGCUGCUCUAGUGAUAAAGGAAGGUAUAAGAAAAAAGAUAUUGAAAAAUGAUAUCAAAGUAACAACUUUAUUCAAGGAACACACUAUUCCUAGAGCAGUAAGAAUACUUGAAAACGUAAAGGUUAGUCACCAUGUUACGAGCCAAAAUGGCGACCCUUAUGAAGGUUGGAGCGUUAUUUAAUAAGAAAUAAUCCGAACAUCUUUAUUGAAAGACUACUGGUUUUUAAGAAUAAAAUAAUUUAAUUUAUUAGUACAGUUUUAUAAAACUGCUUUUG